CGCGCGUGCGUGUUUGCAUAUAAAAAGCAUCUGUUCAAUUCUUUUUUUGGGAUGUAUAAAGCCAAGAGCUGGAGGCAGGAACAAUAUCUCAACAGCAAACCCAAGAUUAUGUUGGACUGCUGUGGAAUUCAUCCUACCUGCAAAGAAACCUGCUUCAUCAAACUUAAAAGCGUCUCCGUCUUCACUGGUCUUCAGUGAUGGCUGAAUGGAGCUGGGUGGUCUACACGGUACUCGAAGUGCUGAUUGCUGUGACCUGUUGCCUUGGCAAUGUGUUGGUGGUGUGUGCGGUGUGUGUUGGCAUCAGGGAUUUCCUCCACGAGCCAACUUUUUGCUUCCUGGUGUCCCUUGCGGUAGCUGACCUGCUUGUGGGCGUGGCCGCUGUGCCCCUGGCUGUGCUAUUGGACGGCUGGGUGAGCCUGACCCCUGACCUCUGCCUACUACUCAGCUGCGUCGUGCUCGUGCUGACUCAGGCCUCGGUGCUCUCACUGCUUGCUAUCGCUGUGGACAGAUACCUACGCCUUCACACCCCGCUCAGAUACAAAGCCUUGGCUACGCAGAAGCAUACAUGGAUUGCAGUUUCUCUGUGUUGGACUCUUUCCUGUCUCCUGGGAUUCACCCCUCUGUUUGGCUGGAACAACUCCUCCUCCAAAGCACCUGGCUCCACCAAUUCCUCUUCCCUCUCUUCUCCUCCCUGCAACUUCCUCUCAGUAAUCUCCCUCCCCUUUAUGGUCUACUUUAACUUCCUGGGAUGUGUAAUGGCACCCCUGCUGGUCAUGACCCUCCUCUACACUCGAAUCUUCUGGAGUCUGCAGGGCCGUCUUAAGGAGAGCUGUGCCCAGGCUCAGGCCUCUCUGCUCAGGGAGAAGAGGCUAGCCUGCUCGCUGGCUCUGGUUCUCAUUUUGUUUGCUGUCUGCUGGAUUCCUCUGCACCUGAUGAACUGUCUGCUGCUGUUUCAAGGUCCUCAAGCUGUGACACAGGAGACACUCUAUGCAGGUAUUCUCCUAUCUCAUGCCAACUCAGCAGUCAACCCUGUGGUCUACGCCUAUCGCAUCCCAAAGAUCCAGCAGGCCUACAAUCAAAUAUGGAGGCACUUCCUUGUGAACAUAAACAGUUUAAAUGGGGAUAAACAGGUUUGUCGACCAAGAACAAGCAGCCAGGCCAAUCACACGGAGACGUGUGCAUCGAGAGAGCAGAGCUAACAACAAAGGACGAAAGUGUUAUUUUAAGUCCAAUGUGGUUGAGUUCAUGGGACUUGUUUUUAUAAAGAGUUUUUUUUUUUUUUUU